GCCCGCCUGAGCCUCCCGGCGGCAGGCCCGGCCCGGCCCGGCCAGGCGGCCGUCUGCCUCCGCCGCCGCUGUUUCUGUGGUGAAGCCGCUCGGCUCCCGCUGCAGUCAGGCCUUGAGCUACGGCUGCUCCCCGAGGGAGAGCCCAACUCCUCCAGAGUCGCAGCAGCCGCCGCCUUCUCUCUCCAGGGACGCUCAAAAUCAGAAGAGACUCCUGAAUAUUUCCCGGAGCGGGGCUGUGGUCACCUCCCCGGGGGUCUGGUCCCUUCCCCAAAGGGUCGGAGGAGAGGUGGGUUUGGGCCAGGGAGGAUUCCUGGUCUGGGAAUGGGAACGAGGGGCUGAGCUCUGCCAGAGGAGCCCCGAGAUUUGGAGAUUCCAGCUGAGGACAAGGAGGAAUAAAAAAACCGGAGCUGAUCCACGUCCAUCCCACCAGAGCACUGCUGGGAGGCCUGGGGCCUUGGAGGUGAGAGGAUGGCUCAGGAGACCAACCAGACCCAGGUGCCUCUGCUGUGUACCACGGGCUGUGGGUUUUAUGGCAGCCCCCGCACCAACGGGAUGUGCUCAGUUUGCUACAAGGAGUUCCUGCAGAGGCAGCAGAGCAGUGACCGGAUAAGCCCCCCAGCAUCCAGUGGUCCCAACAGCAGCCCCCUGGCUUCAGAUUCCAUCACAGGGCAGCAUGCAGAUGGAGACUCCACUCCUGAGGAUCCAAAAGCCAGUUUGUUUGUUGCAAAUUCUCCCAGUGCUCAGACUCCUGUGACCCAUCAGAUGACGGCCAUGAGCAUAUCCAGAGAAGAAAACAGCAGUGAGACUGAGGAGCUCCCCAAGACAGAAGAAGCCUCAUCAGCAUCUUCCUCAUCAGGUACCCUGCUGGAAAUAUCCCAGAAUACAGCUGAAGGGAAGGCAGCCUCAGAAAAACCCAAACCGAAGAAGAAUCGCUGCUUCACCUGCCGGAAGAAGAUUGGGCUGACUGGCUUCGACUGCCGCUGUGGGAACCUGUUCUGUGCCCUGCACCGGUACUCGGACAUGCACGGCUGUCCCUACGACUACAAGGCAGAAGCGGCUGAGAAGAUCCGUAAGGAGAACCCCAUCGUUAUUGCUGAGAAGAUACAGAAGUUGUGAAGGGGGCUGAGCAGCUGGAACUGCAGCCAGGUGGCCUGGUGCUCCUCCUCUUCCUCCCGGCCUUCCUCCUCCUCUUCCUCCCGGCCCCACGGGUGGUGUGAUGGGGACUCCAGCAGCACACACAGACCAGCACCCGGACACGGGGACUCCUUGCACCUCUCUGGCAGACAUUUGGCAUUCCUCCUCUCCCUUCUUGCCUGUCCCACAGCCACAGGUGGGCUGAUCCGUUCUUGACCAGCUUCCCAAGGGGAAAGGCACCGUCCUGCCCCGCUGCUCCCAGUGCUCAGACCCUCAGAGUCCCCUUGCCCCGGGGUGCUGUGUGUGGCAGGGGCAGCAGAGCUCUGCCAAGCAGCCUUUCCCUUCAGCCAGCAGCUCUGAGGCCUGCACACCCACCUGGACUCAUGGCUGGAGCCCCUGAGCUGCUGCUAGACUUUGUUCACUCUGCUCUUCUGUCUCUUUAUGGUGGAUGUGAAAGCAUCCCACCAUUCCCACCAUUCCCACCAGUGGAAAUCCCAGCAGCAAGGCUGCCUCCUGCUCCCCGGGGGCUGUUCGGACUAUCCUGUAGUUUUAAGGCCCUGAGCACCCCUCCCCUCCCUGCAAGAAGCUGUUGUUGAAGCACCCGAGUGGGGAAGGAGAAUAGUGGCACAGGAAAGGGAUUUGGUGGCUUUGAAGGGACAGAGAUGCACCCCAGGUGUGGGGCAGGACCUUUAGGACAGCCCUGCCUGGCGCUGCAGGGAGGGAGCCCUCCUGUCCCCAGCCCACCCUGUCCCCACCCCAGCUGUCCCAACCCCAUCCUGUCCCCACCCCACUGUCCCCAGCCCAUCCUGCCAGGCAUGGUGCAUCCAGGGACAGAGUUGGGCUGAGGGACACUGGCACCAACCUUGUGCUUCACUCCCCAGGGCAGGUUGCAGCUCUCCCCUCCCUGCCCUCUGCCUUACACCCCCCAUCUCAUCAGGGCUGUGCACGGAGUUUGGUUCCCCAAACCUCUGCCACCUUCCCUGUCCCUGCAUGUGGGUGGACAGCAGGGACCCUUCCUCCCCCAUGGGCCUCACUGGGAGCUCUUUUCCCUCCCAGUAGGUCAGAUUGGGAAGCCCCCCUUCUCCCCCCCCCCUCCCACUUCUCUGCUUGUCCCUUUGGGAUGAGAGGCAGGGCCAGAGUCCCAGGAAAUGUCCUGAGAGCUGGACAGAGGGAUCUGGGGCACAGGGAAGGGAAGCUGUGAGGGUCCUGAGGUGCCCAAAAGGCAAGUGGAGGCUUUAAGGAGAGCCCAGGGGAGCUGGGAGAAGCACCUGGGAGGGCUUUGGGCCCACUGAAGGACUCUGGAGGUCUCAGGGUGCAAGAGAAGUCAAAAGGAGAGAUUUAGGGUACACUGAAAGCACUCGGAGCAGGAGAGCACCCUGAAAGGCACUGAGGUAGCCCUGGGCUUGUUAGAAAGGAAAAUGUGGGGCUCAGGUGGGUGGGGGGCUCCUGGGGUGCACCUAAACCCACCUCCACACCAUGCAGGGGACCCUGGGGAGCACCCCACUCCUCCCUGGGAAUUCCGGGAGUGGAGCUGCAGCUGUGGGGCUCACAGAGAAUCUCUGGAUGAGUCCUGGGGGAUAAGCAGCAGCUCCUGUCCCAGUCCUGGCUGUCCCAGGCUAUGGAAGCAUUUCCUGCAGCAUCGUGUGGGGAGGGGUGUCAGGAAGCAGAGCUCCAAGGGCUGAGUGGAGCAGCUCCUGCCGGGUGCUGGCUUCCUCCCUCAUUUUCAGGAAUUCUGCCCUAAGGAUUGCAUGGGGAUCACUCUGCAGGCUUUGGUUUUCCCAUCUGAUUCAAGCCAAAGCCUCCUGUACUCUGCCACAGCCACCAGGAGGGAUCAGACCUCCAAGAAGCCCCCAGCAGGGUGGAGCAGGGGGCAGGUUGGCUGCUGCCCCCCCUUCCCUGGGGAUUUUUGCCUCUGGGGAACGUCGGGUGGGUGCAGGGUUUGGCAGUGAGGUUGGGAUGGAAGGAGCUGUCCCUCUGGAGGAGCAGCCACCACCACCCCUUGCCUCGUGUCCCCCAGAGCCCCCGGGGAGGGGCAGCUGCUGCCAGGGGGUGCAGCCAGGAAGCCCCCGGGGCAGAAGAGCAGGUGCUUGCUUCUCCACCACCUCCCUCUGCCCUUUCAUCCCUUUCCUCUCGGUCAGUGUAAAUAUGAAUACAGUUUAGUUUGCUUGGA